AUGGGUGACCGCACCGCCGACAAUCAAAAGAUUAUUAGCCAAGGACACGCGAAAGCGCACGGCGGCCAUUUCAAGGCAGAUGCGUUCUUGUACAGUGAAGAAGGCCGGUACAUUGACGAAGAUGGCACAGUGCAUCCGCCGCGAUAUGACACCAACACAUUCCGAUGUCUCUAUGGUGUUGAGCCGAGCAUAGCAGAGAUCAUCAACUACACUCCAACUAUUCAAGUCUUGGAAAAACAUGCUACCAUCGAAGCCUCCGACCGCCUUGAAGCAACUGACGCAUUGAAAGCACGGUUUGACACGUUUCUACGUACCCUGAAAGAAGCCGGGUACCCCGAAAACUACCUCAACAUGAUGGCUCCCGAAUACCAUCAGUUCAAGGAAGUCAGAUCAGCGUACAGAGAAUUCUGGGCGGCGACCUAA